CGAUCCUCCAUCCUUCCAGAUUUACUUUACUUUACUGGCUGCUUGGUGUCUGCCCCCCUCCCCACGACUCAAAUCGAUCCGCUUCCCCUUUCCCGAAUCGCCAAAUCCGCUCGCCGCCGUCGCCGUAAAAACCCUCUCCCCGCCUCCGCUAACCCCACCGCCGCGGAGAGAUGGUGCUGUGGGAGAUCACGGCCAUCACCGCCUACUUCCUCGGCCUCCGCCGCACCUACCGCCUCGCGCUCCGCGGCCAGCGCCGCCUCAUCGGGCCCAACCACCCCAGGCUCCGCGACUUCGUCUACAGGCGGACACGUUCUAUAUUCGACGUCGCAGUCUCAGUGCACAAGAACAUUCAGGAGAGGGACUUGGAAGUUGGUCGGAACGUCGGAAACGCGGUCCUUCGCUGGCUCGACCGCAUGAAGCCAUCAGCACAGAUCCGCCCCCACCCUCCAGGCCCGCCAGGCUCCCCCCCGGAGCAACUCAGGCACCUUUCGACCAUGAAUAAGGCCGUAGGAGCUCAGAAGCCUGCCUCAAAGACCUCGACGCACGACUCGAGCGGCAAGAUGCUGUUCUCGCCCCUGAACAUCCGGCCCAAGUCCUUCCCUAUCCUCCCCACGAUGAUGCAGUCCACCAGGAUCAGCGCGAGCAACCAGUGCAGGCGCCUCUCCAGCUCGCCGUUCCCGUCCGUCACCGCCAGGAGGAAGGACAUGAUGGAGGGUGUCUUCCGGAAGGACAUCGCCCAGCUAAUGGUGUAAGGGAUGUCUGUAGGUAGCCGUACUGCUUUCUGUGACUCUGAAUAUUGUUUACUCGACUGGAAUUUGGCCUGGAGCAGAACUCAUCACUAGCCCUGUAAUAAUGGUGGAGUGCUGAACAUAAUCGCUGUUGCUCCGCCUGUUUUGUGGCCAAUAUACAUUUUCUAACAAAUCAUCAUACGAUGAGACUUGGGUAUACCGCAUGAUUUCUUCCAA